CCGCACUGACGGAGCGGGAGUCUUCCGGUCGAAGAGUCGUGAGAUAUACAAAUGUCUUUAUCCACCGCGCAAGUGCAGAACUGAGGGUAACGGUCGCUCGCGCGAGGAAACAGGGAAAAGCGCCAACAGCUGCGCGAAGAGCGGGCAGCAGAGUGCUGCACCGAGGAUACAUAAAACUCAGCGAGUGACAAAACUCCGAGGAAAAUGCUGCAAGGGCGGAUAGCAGCGGUCGACCAGCGCACCAGCGUUCGCCGCUCGGGUAUGCAUGUCCGUCGAGACGCGCGGGCUGGUUCCGUGCGUUCGGCCGCUGCAGUGUUGUGGGCUCGGCCGGAUGCUCAAGGCUUCCUACCAGCCAUAGAACCACAAGUCAGGAUUCAAUUAGACGACCCUGCGGUCCAGGAGUGGGAGCAGGCGUUGCACGAGCUACCCGGCGCGUUUGGGGCCGGCUCGGGCACGCAGCUGCGUGAACGGUUGCGCCGGCUGCCACCCUUCCCCACCGACCGCCUCCUCCCGCCGUGGACUUCCCCUGGCCGCAUUCCGUCGCUUCAGCCACCGCUGGCCUGCAUUGGAGGUGGUGGCACUGGUGGAAGUCGCAGUGGUGGAGGUGGCGGUAGCGGCGGCGGCGGCAUGACUGGGGAUGUGGAGGACCGCCUCCUGCUGCCGGCGCAAGACGCUGCUGACCACCCCCCGGCUGGUGCGGUGGAACCAGAAGCCCCUACCAGUGGCGGCUUCUUGGACGAUGGUAACGCCUGGCGCGCCUACCUUGUGCUUUCUUUCCUGGCACACGCCUACGUGUGGUGCGAGCCCGGCCCGCCUCCCGCGGUGCUGCCGGCUGUGCUGGCGGUGCCGUGGGCGCGGGUGGCGGCGGCGGUGGGCAUGCCGCCCAUCCUCACCUACGCCACCUACAACCUGUACAACUGGAGGCGUCUCAACCCCGAGCUUCCGCCUGUUCUGCAGAACCUGUCCUCCAUCAACAACUUCCUGGGCGGCCCCGACGAGGAGUGGUUCCGGCUGGUGCACGUGGACAUUGAGACGCGGGCGGGGCCGGCCGUGGCGGGGCUGGCGCGGCUGCAGCAGGCCGCGGCGCAGGACGACGCGGGUGCGGUGCUGAUGGGACUGAGCGCCAUCAGCGAAUCCCUCCGCGCCAUGCAGACCACACUCGCCCGCAUCGGCGAGUGCUGCGACCCCGACCAGUACUACUCGCGCGUGCGGCCGCCCAUUGCGGGGUGGCGCAACAACCCGCUGCUGCCGUACGGGCUGGUGUACGAAGGCGUGUACGGCGGCGCGCCCGUGCAGCUGUACGGCGCCACGGGGGCGCAGUCCAGUGUGGUCCCGGCGUUUGACCGCGUGCUGGACAUCCGCCACGAGCAGGGCCGGCUGCGCGACUACUUGGGCACCAUGGUGGCGCACAUGCCGCCCCCGCACCGCGCCUUCCUGGCCGCACUGGCGGCAGCCAACAACAACACCGGUACCGGCACCGGCAACCGCACCAACAGCGGCGCCAGCACAAACAGCAGCGGUGGUGCGGGGCGGGGGCAGGACGGUGGUGCGGGGCAGCCGGUGGCGGCGGCCAACGUGCGCGCCUACGUGCUGGCGGCGGCGGCAACUGGCUCCGGUCACCCUCGUGGCGGGGAGCUGCGAGACGCCUACGACUGCACGGUGGGGGAGCUGGACCGGUUUCGGAGCCUGCAUCGCUCAGUGGCUCAGCGCUACAUCGUGCAGCCGGCCACCGCCACCACCACUGCACCCGCCUCCACCGCCACCGCCACCACCACUGCACCCGCCUCCGCCUCCGCCUCCGCCUCCACCGCCGCCUCCACCUCCACAUCUGCGCACCUGCACACACACGCCACCUCCAUCACCGCCGUCGGCUCCACCGCCGCCGGCGCGGCCUCACCAUCCGCGCCGCCGCCGCCGCCACCAGCGCCACUGCCGACUAGAGGCGGCGUAGGGCAGCCUGAUGGACUGCUGGCCUCAGGGACACUCGCAAGCGGGGUCGCAGCGGCAGUGGGUACGGCGGUGGAAACAGCGGUGGCGCUGGCGGGAGUGACUGGCACGGGCGGCAGUGAUGUCAUUCCCGCCCUGACGGCCUUCCGUGACGCAACCCGACGGCACAAGAUCGCCAGAUCGGACUGAUACUUUGCAGAAGGGCCGCACACAUUCACACGAGACACAGGUACAUACGACUCCCUGCCUGAGGUGCUUGGCGUACAUCUAGGGCUGCCAAACACGUAUGAAAUGGUUUCGAGUCAAACAUUGGCCGCGUGAGAUGCAUGAUAUGGCGCGGGUGAGCACUGCAAAGAAUGCAGCGUGACUCUGCGUGAGUAAUGAGCGAGAAAGCACUCUGGAGAGCUCCUGGUAAGGCUGAUGCGUUCAUGGUGCAUUGCAUGUGCCGAUGUGCGGUGGGACAGGGUUAAGGCAGGUUGGUGAGUUCCCGCAUGGUGCAGCUGAUUCCCAGACCCCAGCAAAUGGAAUGUUGCACAACUUGCACUGCACAGGCGGAAUGUGCCAAGCGCAUGCGUGCGUUCCUUUACACGCCAACAAACAUGUGUUGCUACUUGCUAGUACGACCAGGGAUGUGCGUAGGAGCAGUGGGCCUUCGUUGCGGUCACACGAGGUUUGGGACAUUGCACGUGUCUGUUGUGAAGGCGUCUCAAGGUGUGCGGUGUUGGGGUGCAGGUUCCGUGACACGUAAAGCCCGGGGAAUGGCGCAAGGCGGACUGAGCACUAACCCAAUUGCAGGACUGGAUUGUUACAACGCUUCGAU